AUGUUCAAGCUCACCAGCAUCCUCUCCGUCCUGGCCGUCGCAGCCACCGUCUCGGCGACGCUCGACCCGGCCACGUCCAACUCCAAGGGCAAGUACCCGGCCAGCCCGGGCUGCUCGCCCGAGAAGACCAGCACCGCCAUCCAGGCCGCCGAGUGCGCGUACAACACGCGCGUCUCGGGCACCCAGACCUUCGCCGUCUUCAAGCAGGACCACCAGUACGACGAGAACAACGGCGCCCCCUACGGCACCUGCGAGGCCUACACCUGCACCGCGCCCACCAGCGACGAGCUCACCGAGGAUGACGACUACUGGACUUUCUUCUGGGGCGACAACGGCGAUUCCUCUGGCGUUGGCACUACCUGCAUCAAGAGCCCUGAUGAUGGCACUUGCGGCUGCGAGAACUCCGAUGGCACCUUUGUCUACGGCGGCACUGACUGCUCGUAA